UCUUUGUUGGCAUAUGCGUGACGAUCGAUUCUAUGAAACGUCCUAAAUUAAACUAAAAAAGAUAUUGACUCUCCGUUCUUUAGCAUAACACCUCUUUUGUUUAUCUAUAUCCACAAGACUGGCCAGAUUGACUUUCAUUCGAAACAAGUGCUAUAAAAGAAGAAGGCUGUGAAUACAUGACUACAUAAUUUGACGGGCCAAAGAAUUAUGGAUAAGCUGCGAAACAAGUGUCUUAUAUCCAAAAAUAUGAAAAGAAUAAUCGCACUAAAAUCUAAAUCGCUGCGACAUUACGCGCAACGUGCUAGUUCAUCUCGGGACAUAAAUGCAGAGUGUAAACAAUUACAUGAUACGUUUGAUAAAUCUAUUCCCACUGAUCUUGUGAUAAAAGUCGGACUGCGAUCUAUUUAUGUCAAUAAAUUUGUGUUACAAACUUAUUCUUCAUAUUUCAGAGAGAUAGCUCGAUUUGUAACGUCCGAAGACGAUCAAGACGUUAUCAGACUCGAUCAGUUUUCAUAUGUCACGGUCUACACCUAUUUUAAAUAUAUAUAUACCGGCGACAUUGAUCUUGUAUCUUUGGACAAGAAAUUUGAUCUCUUAAUAAUGGCUGAAAAGUUCAAAGACAUUCAUUUGCUAAAAAGUUGCUAUAAGAAAAUAAAGGAAGAAAUAACUAAAGAAAAUAUAAUCUCUGUUUAUAGAACAGCGCAAACGUAUAAUAACAAGAUAGUGCAGGAAUAUUGUUUUGAAUUCUUUAUAGAAAACAAUGUAGAUGUAGUCAACACAGAUAGUUUUAAAGAAUUGGAUGAACAUACGAGAAGCACUUUUAUAAAUGAAGCGAAAAAAGCUUAUGGUUAUUACAAGCUAUGA